CUAUUUCUCUCUCUUAUUGAUUUUCUCAACAUAACCUCAACCGCUUGUUGUUUCUAGUACUUCAAACGCUGAUAAAAAAAUACUUAAUUAUUAAUUUUCUUUAGUAUGUUCUUAGAUAUGUCGCGAGUGGGUAUGAGAGGUCGUGGUGGUAUGGGUAGAGGUAUUGGAAGAGGCCCGUACAAGCCGAAAAUCUUCCUUCCCCGGCAUCCUUUCGAUUUAACGCUUUGCGAAUCAUCGUUUCCAAGGGUAAAACCAGCGCCGGAUGAAACUGCCUUUACGCAAGCUUUGUUAAAAAGAAAUGCCGAUCUUUCGCCAACCGCAACUGAACAAACGGCUAUUUUGAAUCUCGUUACAAAAAUACAAACAGUUUUAGAUAAUUUAGUUGUUGCUCCGGGUGGAUUUGAUGCUUGUCAAUUAGAGGAAGUACGUCAAGUAGGUUCCUUUAAAAAAGGAACGAUGGUAACAGGUCAUAAUGUAGCAGAUAUUGUAGUAAUUCUCAAAACUCUACCAACACGAGAGGCAGUUGAAGCUUUAGGAAAUAAAGUUAAAGAUGAUUUAAAAAACCUAAUGAAAAGUGAAGUAAUUUCAAAAGGUGAAGCUUUGAGUCAUACCACGAAUGAAAGAGGGAUCGAAGUAAGCAACAGUUUUGCUUGUGUACGAGUUAUGGUAACCACAAUUCAUCAUAAUUUAAGAAAACUCGAUCCAGAGAUUCAUCUAGAUCAAAAAAUAAUGAUGAGUCAUCUGGCCGCAAUCAGACAUAGUAGAUGGUUUGAGGAAAAUGCUCAUCAUUCUUCAAUAAAAGUCCUGAUUAGACUCCUAAGAGAUAUUAAAAAUCGUUUCGAAGGUUUUGAGCCUUUAAAUCCAUGGAUGUUGGAUUUGUUGGCUCAUUUUGCCAUUAUGAACAACCCAUCCAGACAAGCUUUACCAAUUAAUCAAGCUUUUAGAAGAGUUUUUCAAUUAUUAGCAGCAGGAUUAUUUCUUCCAGGAUCAGCUGGGAUUACUGAUCCAUGUGAAGGAGGUAAUAUAAGAAUUCAUACAGCAAUGACUUUGGAACAACAAGAUGUGUGUUGCUUGACGGCUCAAACUUUAUUGAGGGUCUUAGCACAUGGAGGGUAUAAACAUAUUUUGGGUUUUGAGGGUAAUUCUACGGUUGCAACAGAAAUGUCAAUAUGGGAUGGGGUUGUUGUAUCACCAUUGGAUAAGGCUUAUGAAAAGCCACCUGAGAAGAAAGAUGGGGAGGAGGAUGAUGAGGAUAUGGAGGCUGAUGUUGAUGAAAGUAUGGAAACUGCUGAUGGAUGAAAUUUGAUUUUAUAAUUUUUUUUUUUAUUUCAAAUUCAGGAUGUAUUUUUGUAAUUUAAUUAAUUAA